GUGGCACUGAAUGUACACCUCACUGAUGCGCCAUGCCGUGCUGUGCACAGGAGGCGAAGGAGGCUCUGGAGGCUCGGGACCACUACAUGGAGGAGAUGGCAGACACAGCGGAUGCCAUUGAGAUGGCGACGCUGGACAAGGAGAUGGCGGAGGAGCGGGCGGAGUCCCUGCAGCAGGAAGUGGACGGGCUGAAGGAGCGGGUGGAUGAGCUCAGCACCGACCUGGAGAUCCUCAAGCACGAGAUCGAGGAAAAGGGUACGGAUGGAGCCGCCUCCAGUUAUCAACUGAAACAGCUGGAGGAGCAGAACAGUCGGCUGAAGGAAGCUCUGGUCAGGAUGCGGGACCUGUCAGCUUCGGAGAAGCAGGAACACAGCAAGCUGCAGAAGGCGAUGGAGCGCAAAGCGUCGGAGCUGGAGAGCCUGAGGGUGCAGCGGGACAGACUGGAGGAGGAGCUGCGACAGGCUGAGAGCACCAUCGACGAGCUGAAGGAGCAGGUGGAUGCCGCGCUGGGGGCCGAGGAGAUGGUGGAGACCCUGACCGACAGGAACCUGGACCUCGAGGAGAAAGUGCGGGAACUGAGAGAGACAGUCAGCGACUUGGAGGCCAUUAACGAAAUGAAUGACGAGCUGCAAGAAAAUGCGCGUGAGACGGAACUGGAGCUGCGUGAGCAGCUGGACAUGGGGGCUGCGCGUGUGCGUGAGGCACAGAGACGUGCAGACGCUGCACAGGAGACAGUGGCUGACUACCAACAGACCAUCCACAAGUACCGCCAGCUCACCUCACAGCUGCAGGAGGUGAACCGUGAGCUGAUGAGCCAGCAGGAAGCCUCGGCCGAGCGGGAACAGCAGCCUGCCCCCGACAUCAUCGACUUCAAGAUCAAGUUUGCUGAGACCAAGGCUCAUGCCAAGGCAAUCGAAAUGGAGCUGCGCCAGAUGGAAGUCCAGCAGGCGAACCGUCAUGUCUCACUGCUAACCUCCUUCAUGCCCGAUUUCUUCCUGCGUCACGGUGGGGACCACGACUCCAUCCUCGUCCUACUGCUCAUCCCACGGCUCAUCUGCAAGGCUGAGCUGAUCAGCAGGCAGGCUCAGGAGCGUUUCGAGCUGAACGAAGAUUACAGCCAGCGUCCCGGACUGCGGGGGGCUGCGGGCGAACAGCUGAGCUUUGGGGCCGGGCUCGUCUAUUCCCUCACUCUGCUGCAGGCUACGCUGCAUAAAUACCAGCAGGCCCUGGAACAGUGCAGUGUGGAUGUUUAUAAACGGAUUGGCGGCCUUUAUGCAGAGAUGAGUGUGCACGAGAGGUCACUUGAUUCCCUGAUCGAGCUGCUGCACCGAGACCAGCUCGACGAGACAGUCAACGUGGAGCCUCUGACCAAGGCCAUCAAAUACUACCAGCACCUGUACAGCAUCCACCUGGCAGAUCAGACUGAGGACUGCACCCUGCAGCUGGCCGACCACAUCAAGUUUACCCAGAGUGCCUUGGACUGUAUGGCGGUGGAGGUGGGGCGGCUGCGUGCACUGCUACAGGCGGGGCAGGAGGCUGCCGAUCUGCCCCUGCUGCUGCGCGACCUGGACACCUCGUGCAGUGAUGUGCGUCAGUUCUGUAAGAAGGUGCGGAGACGCAUGCCCGGCACUGGGGCCCCUGGGACCCCCACCGCUCUCACCUUUGGCUCGCAGGUAUACGACGCGUUGCUGGACUGCCGCAGACAUCUGACUCGGGUGGUAGCUGUGCUACAAGAGGUGGCAGCCGCUGGGGUCCAGCUCAUCGCCCCCCUUCCUGACAAUGAAGGUCUACCCCCCCAGCAGCUGGAGGAGCUGGCCAUCAAAGCAACACAGCAGGUGUAUGGGGCAGGGGUGGCCAGCCCCCACGAGAGUCUCCGUCAGUCCUGCACCCUGGUGAUUGUCACCAUGAACAAAAUGGCCACCGCUAUGCAGGAGGGCGAGUUUGACUCGGAGAGUGCCAUCAGCAAGCCAUCUCCCCCAGUGGAACUACGUGCAGCGGCACUGCGGGCUGAGAUGACCGACGCAGAGGGACUGGGCCUGAAGCUGGAGGAUCGAGAGACAGUCAUCAAAGAGCUGAAGAAAUCCCUGAAGAUCAAGGGCGAGGAGCUGAGUGAGGCAAGCGUGCGUCUGAGCCUGCUGGAGAAGAAGCUGGACUCUGCAUCAAGAGAGGCCGACGAGAGGGUGGACAAAAUCCAGGGCAAACUCGAUGAGGUGCAGAACUUGCUGAAGAAGAAAGAGAAGGAGUUUGAGGAGACGAUGGAUGCCCUCCAGGCCGACAUCGACCAGCUGGAGUCGGAGAAAUUGGAGCUGAAACAGCGGCUUGGCUCCCAGAACAAGAGAACUGUAGAGGGAUUGCGGGGGUCUCCUGGCUCUGGGACCCCCAGCCUUCAAGGCAGCAUCACAGCUCCGGUCUCAGGGGGCUCAGGCCCCGUCCAGGUGAAGGACUCGCCCCUGCUGCUACAGCAUAUUGAUGCCCUUCGUCUCUCUCUCCGACAGCUCAGGACCGACAACACCCACCUCAAGGCUGCCCAGAUGAAUGCCCAGUUGGCUGCACUCCCUCCACUCAACGUCCCGAAGCUGUCAGUGAUCCAGGAGGGAAAGGCAGAAGAUGCAGCCAUUGGUGCCCUGAACAGGAAGACCAGCCAGUUACUGCAGAACCUGCAGCAAAUCAGUGCACGAAUCCGUGUGGUGGACAUCUCCCACCGAGCCCCAGGUUCUGCAGUGGCUGAGAGGAGGGUGAGCCCAGCCACACAGCUCCUCGAGCAGACUGCCCGUCUGCAACAGCUGAACCAGAGUGUUGAGCGCAUCAAGGAUGAGGUGAGCCGUGUGUCCGUUCAGCGACCGGGAGCUCGUGCCCCAUCUGACUUUGCACUGUUCCCCACCACUGCCUUCACCAAGGCUCAGGAGGAACAGCGGUCGGACGCCGUGUGUGUGGGCAAGGUGGUCCUCCCCUGUGCACCGGGUGAGGGUCAGUGUCACCGUGUGGUGAUGCAGCAGGAACAACUGUACCAGUUACACAGCCGUCUCAUCUCCUAGAAACACCACCCUCCCAUGGCCUCAAUCUCCUAGACCCCUCACCCUUCCUCUACAAAAGCCCCCACACGACACCCUGCAAGUACAAACAGCCAGGUGUAGAGCUGACAUGAACUAGAUCCCCUUAUACCUGAAUACACACUCACUCCCCAAAAACAUUGCAGCAUCACAGCCCAAUCCCUCACCAGCGGCAGGACAACACUUCUACAGGAACUGGACAGACAGACAGAAUGUUUCUGAUGUCCUCAUGGGGCUGGGGUUCUGAAUCUGCUGGUUGGAGCUGUUCAUGAAUAAAAUGAAAUGCUAAACUGCUG